UCUCCCAUUUUUUCCCCAAUACCAUCGGAGCUUACCUCUCGCAAUUCGCAGGCAGUGCUUCUCCGAAAACCUUCUCAACGGCGAAACCGAAUCCACUGUGCAAAUGUCGGCAUACGAGAACGUUGUUACAGGAAAGCUGAAACUAAAGGGUAAGGCCCUUGACGUCAAAGCUGGUGGAACCAAGAAGAUGAAGAAGAAGAAGAUGAACAAAGUUUUAUCUAAUGAAAUCACUCAAACAAUCGAGAACGAGUUUUCUGAAGGCAUGGAAUUGGAAGAGACAACAAACGAUGGGAGCAAAUCAAAAGAUGGUUCUGGUUCGUAUGUAGAUAAUUUGACUCCAGCUGAGAAGCGUUAUAUGGAUCAAAGACAGAAAAUAGACAUGCAAAAGAUGGCAAAAACAUCAAACAAAUCACAUCGUGACAGGAUUUCUGACUUCAACCAGUAUCUCGCAAACAUGAGCGAACACUACGACAUCCCAAAAGUUGGUCCUGGCUAAGUAGCAGCUACCAUUCCAACAUUGUACUAGCAUUUAAUAAUCAUAAACAAAAAACGUAACAUGCAUGUAUCGUUUGUUUUACUACUUUCAUUUUGUUACUGAAAUCAAAUCAUGUUAAAAAGAAACAUCACCGAU